AUGACAUCAAUUGGUACCGGAUAUGAUUUAUCAAACAGUGUUUUCUCGCCAGAUGGAAGAAAUUUCCAAGUGGAAUAUGCAAUGAAGGCAGUGGAGAAUGGGGGUACAUCCAUUGGUAUCAAAUGCAAGGAUGGCGUUGUAUUGGCUGUCGAAAAAAUCAUCAACUCGAAACUAUUAGUGCCUGGGAAAAACAAGAGAAUCCAAACGGUGGACCGUCAUAUUGGAGUGGUAUACUCGGGGUUGCUUCCGGAUGGACGUCAUUUUGUCAAUAGAUCUCGAGAUGAGGCACAAUCUUUCAAGUCAAUAUUCAAGGUUCCUAUGCCUGUUCCAAAUCUAAUGGAUAGAAUGGGAAUAUACGUCCAGAACUACACCUGCUACAACUCAGUGAGACCUUUUGGAGUGGUAUCUAUAGUGGGUGGUGUUGAUGACGAUGGCCCACAUUUGUACAUGAUUGAACCAAGUGGUACUUGUUGGGGAUAUAGUGGGGCAGCUACUGGGAAAGGUCGUCAAAUUGCCAAGUCAGAAUUGGAGAAACUAAACUUUGAGGAGUUGACAUGUAAGGAGGCGGUUAAAGUUGCAGCAAAGAUUAUUCAUUUGGCACACGAGGACAAUAAGGAUAAGGAUUAUGAAUUGGAGAUUUCGUGGGUCAGUAAAGAACACACUGGUGGAAAACAUCAGUUUAUACCGGAAGAUGUUUUGGCAGAAGUAAGAAAGCAGGCUGAAGAGGAGGAUGACGAAGAAGACGAAGAUGAAGGAGAGGGGGAUGAAAAUAAGGAUGCGGAGAUGCAAACAUGA